AUGCAAUCUCUCUUAUUUGCCACCCUGAUUGGCGUGUUUUCCGCCCAGGCACAAUUUGUGGCUCCUCCAAAAGGCUUGAUCUCGACAAAAGGAUACCUGGAUACCCCCGUGCGGUACAAACAGGUCCCAACUGGCAUUUGCGAAACCGAUCCCAGCGUGAAGAGCUUCUCAGGCUAUCUCGAUGUCGGCCAAGAUGAGCAUCUUUUCUUCUGGUUCUUCGAGGCGCGUAACCAAGAUCCCACCGAGGCCCCGUUAACCGUCUGGAUCAAUGGAGGCCCUGGCUCAUCCUCCAUGAUCGGUCUGUUCCAGGAAAAUGGCCCCUGCGGAAUCGACGCCAAUGGCUCCGUCUACAACAACCCGUACUCGUGGUCCAAUGCGAGCAACAUGCUCUACAUCGACCAGCCCGUCAUGACCGGCUUCUCCUACAGCAUCCCGGUGCCAGGCUACGUCGACUCUACUACAGACGACGUGAUCACUCUCCCCUCGACCAGCUGCCCCGACUACGCAAAGGACCAGUCCUGCGGGACGUACUCGUAUCCAAACGUGACGUUAACCGCCAACUCGACCACCAGCGCAGCCCCCAAGUUCUACCGCGCCCUGCAGGGCUUCAUGGGCGCUUUUCCGCAGUACUCGCGCGAGACGUUCCAUUUCACGACGGAGAGCUACGGCGGCCACUAUGGGCCUGUAUUUAACGAGUACAUUGAGCAGCAGAACGCAAAUCUCCCGACUGGCGCGAAAAAGAUCCAUCUGGGCAGUGUGAUGAUCGGGAACGGGUGGUACGAUCCCAUCAUCCAGUAUCAGGCGUAUUAUAACUUCACCGUCUCCCCCGGAAACACAUACGACUACCUCCCAUUCAACCACUCCGUCGCCGCCCUCCUCUACAAUAACCUCUACGGCCCCGGAAACUGCUUCGACCAGCUCCGCGACUGUGCCGCGCGUGGCUGGAAUGAAAUCUGCAGUGUCGCGGAUAACUUUUGCGCGAACCACGUCGAAAGCAUCUACGAUGAGUAUACCGGGCGCGAUGAAUAUGAUUUCCGGGAACUCACGCCCGAUCCGUUCCCGUAUGGGUUUUACGUGGACUACCUGAAUCGGGCUUCUGUGCAGGCGGCUAUCGGGGCGUAUGUGAACUUUACAGAGAGUAACAACGCGGUUAGCCAGGCGUUCUCAGCAACGGGCGACGAUGGUCGACGUAUGCGUACGACGGAGGAUGUCGCGCAGCUGUUGAAGCAAGGGGUCACCGUGGCCAUGUAUGCCGGCGACGCCGAUUACAACUGCAACUGGCUCGGUGGUGAGGCUGUGUCUCUGAAGGUCGGGGCCCCUCAUUUCCGCAGUGCGGGCUACACAAACAUCACCACGUCUGAUGGCGUCGUGCAUGGCCAGGUGCGACAGGCGGGAAGGUUUUCGUUUGUCCGCGUGUACGAGAGUGGGCAUGAGGUGCCGUUCUAUCAACCCUUGUUGUCGCUUGAGCUCUUUGAACGCGUGAUUGGGGGUAAGGAUGUUGCGACUGGAAAGGUCGUUGUGGGAGAUGGUUAUCACACGGUUGGGACAGUGAAGAGUACGUAUCGAGAGGGAAAUGGGACUGUUCAGUGGAGGGUUUUGGACUCGCUCGCCACGUACAACACGACUACGAACUCGCCUAAUCCGAAGAAAAGGUCCAGGAGGUUGGAACUAUAG